UAUGUGAUGGAACCCUUUGGUUGAGAGCUGGAGGCGGACGCGGCGGCAAUAGCAGACGGCACCACUAGAGGGCGAUAGAGGUCCAAACACGGUGCUUGCGCACGCACACCGUUUUCCAGCGCACCGAGGUCCGCGCAUGCGCAUGGCUUCACUGCCGCUGGAGCGGAUGUGGAGCGCUCCUGAGCUCAGCGCUCCCUGGUGACCCUAACGGAGUCCACGGUUGGCGAUGUCCGAGCUGCCCGGAGAGAGCAUGGUUCCCGACCUGAGCCCCAUGACUGGCAUCGGCGACGUUCUGCAGGGGGUCGUGGGCGGAGGCAGUCGGGUCCCCGGGGCCCCGGAAGAUCCGCUGGCCGGAGCUGCCGGGUCCAUGCCGUGGGCCGCGGGCCCGCUUCCCAGGCGACUCCCCGGCGUGGCGGGCCUGAUGGCCAUGCCGCACGUCCACGCGCCGCUGCGCCUUCUAGAGCUGCACGAGCAGCGGAUGUUCCAACACUACCUGCACACCAACCCCCUGAUCCCCACCCGGCUGCUCCGCGACAUCGAGGAGCGUCGCCGGCUGUUCGUGGAGGGGUGCAGAGCCAGGGAGGCGGCCUUCGACGCCAAUCCCCCGCAGAUGGACUCGGACGCCCGCGCCUUUACGAUGGCGCUCACCGCCACCGACGCCCGCGGCCCCACCGCCGACUGAGUGGCGGCCUUCGCCUCUAAUCCCAGCCCUCGGGAGGGAAGAAGCUAGAGGAUCUGGGGUUCAAGGUCAUCCUUGGCUACUUGGCGAGCUGGAGGCCAGCCUGGACCACAGGAGACUCUGUCUUUAAAAAAUAAAAGAUUGGUGGCCAGGAAGUCAGGUGACUCUCAGGGUCAAGGGUAAAGGCAGAAGUCUGGGCAAAUGUCAUGAGGUGGGAAAUUCACUCAGAGUGCAGCGAUGAGCGCAGUGGAAUGACGCAGGACCAGAGAGAGGUGGACACUCGAGGCUUGAAGCUAGCUGGCAGAGGCCCCUUCUGACUUCCGCCUUGUGAUCAUUAGCUAUCUCUCCCUACCCUCCACCCUCUCCCCCUGGAAUUUGUGGAAACUCAAGGUUACUUCACUGUAUCACUGUAUAGGACGGUGGUUUUGCAAAGAUGAAGUCUAAGAAUUACCAAUGGGGGGGGAAGCACAAAGAAAUCAACCGAGAUGCGGGGAGAAAGCAGGGAGACUGGUUCUUAGACACAGUUGCUCCUGGAUUUUACUGGCAUCAGAAGGCUGUUGAGACAACUUGGACCUUUCAGAAUUGAGGCGUCAUCUCAUCGUCAGCUGACAAGCCCAAUGUGCUGUUAAUUCUUGUGUUUGAUGUUCUAGACAAGUUGUAAAUACUCAGAUAGGGGGAAAUCGUGUGUGUUUGUGAGACCAUGUGUAAUUGUAUCCUUGUGGGAAUAGAUUUAAUAUUUAAAUGAUAAAUGUACAA